AUGCUCUUCUCAACGACCUUCGCCCUGGUCAUGGCCUUCGCGCCCGCCAUCUUCGCAGCGCCUACUCCCUCUCAGACCAUCGGCGACCUCGAGAGGCGGUACCUCAGCCCGGAUACCAUCCGCAAGCUCGAGGACGGCGUCUGUGAUCUCUCCAAGGCAGUCAUGCCGAUUGCACCGACCCCUCUCCCUGCUGUAUCUUCCGGCCUCGCCCUCGCCCACGUCGCCAUCGGCCGCGGCACCCAGAACUACACUUGCGCAUCUUCCACCUCCACCGACGCCCCCAAACUCCAAGGCGCAAACGCAACCCUCUACAACGUAACGUGCUACUCGGUCCGGUCACCUUCCGUCCUGGCCUCCAUUCCCUCCAUCGCCCUCACCCAAUCCAUCGACCUCAACCAAGACGUCCAGAAGUAUACUGUUUCAGGCCACCACGAGUUCACCGCCGCUGGCGUGCCCUUGUUCCUUCUCAAGGCCGAUAAGAGCAACUACGGUUAUGUGCAGGCCAAGAGCGCCGCGAACAGCACGGCGCCGGCAGAGAGUGUCAAGGGAGAGAAUGGGCUGGGCAGCGUUCCAUGGCUGAAGCUUACUGGCGUCGAGGGCGACUACAAGGAAAUCUACCGACUGCAGACGGCUGGCGGUGUAGCGCCGAAGACGUGCGAGGGACAGGCAAGCUUCUUUAUCGUGCAGUAUGCAGCUGAGUACUGGUUCUGGAAAUAG